ACGUUGCCAAGUUCCGGACGCGACUCGGCUAUUGGAAGUCAUGGGCUUUCCCCGCCCGCCGGUGAAGGUGAGAGUCUCCUCCGGUCUCCGUGCUGCUCAGCGCACCGAGCAGCUCUGGGCUCGCGCUCGAGGUCUCGGCAGAUUCCUUCACGAUGGCACCUCCAUCAGUCUUUGCCCAGGUUCCACAGGCCCCUCCAGUUCUGGUCUUUAAGCUCACUGCGGACUUCCGGGAGGAUCCAGAUCCCCGCAAGGUUAACCUCGGUGUGGGAGCAUACCGCACAGAUGAUUCUCAGCCCUGGGUUUUGCCAGUAGUGAGGAAGGUGGAACAGAAGAUUGCUAACGACAGUAGCCUCAACCAUGAGUACCUGCCCAUCCUGGGCCUGGCAGAGUUCCGAAGAUGUGCUUCUCGCCUCGUACUUGGGGACAACAGCCCAGCUCUCAAGGAGAAUCGGGUCGGAGGUGUGCAGUCUUUGGGAGGAACAGGUGCACUUCGAAUCGGAGCUGAUUUCUUAGGGCGAUGGUACAAUGGCAUAGACAACAAGAACACACCCGUCUAUGUAUCGUCGCCAACCUGGGAGAACCAUAAUGCCGUGUUUUCUGCUGCCGGUUUUAAGGACAUCCGCUCCUAUCGCUACUGGGACGCGGAGAAGAGAGGCCUCGACCUCCAGGGCUUCCUGAGUGAUCUGGAGAAUGCUCCCGAGUUCUCCAUCUUUGUCCUCCAUGCCUGUGCGCACAACCCAACCGGGACCGACCCGACUCCAGAGCAGUGGAAGGAGAUCGCUGCCGUCAUGAAGCGCCGUUUUCUGUUCCCCUUCUUUGACUCAGCCUAUCAGGGCUUUGCAUCUGGAGACCUAGAGAAAGAUGCCUGGGCUAUCCGCUAUUUUGUGUCUGAAGGCUUCGAGCUCUUCUGUGCCCAGUCCUUCUCCAAGAACUUCGGGCUCUACAAUGAGAGAGUGGGGAAUCUGACCGUGGUUGGAAAAGAAUCUGACGGCAUCCUGCGGGUCCUUUCCCAGAUGGAGAAGAUUGUGAGAAUCACUUGGUCCAAUCCCCCUGCGCAGGGAGCACGGAUCGUGGCCUUCACCCUCUCUGACCCUGAGCUCUUUAAGGAGUGGACAGGCAAUGUGAAGACAAUGGCUGACCGGAUUCUGACCAUGAGAUCUGAACUCAGGGCACGAUUAGAGGCCCUCAAGACUCCCGGGACCUGGUCUCACAUCACUGAGCAGAUUGGAAUGUUCAGCUUUACUGGAUUGAACCCCAAGCAGGUUGAAUAUCUGGUCAACGAGAAGCACAUCUAUCUGCUGCCAAGCGGUCGAAUCAACAUGUGCGGUUUAACCACCAAAAACCUAGAUUACGUCGCUACCUCCAUCCAUGAAGCCGUUACCAAAAUCCAGUGAAGAAACACCACGUAGUCCAUACCACCAAAGUGGUUUUUUGUCACGUCUUCCCUGCCUGCGCAAACCUAGUUGUACAUAUCCUGGAUUAGAGAUCACCGUGGUGAGGCGGCCACUGUUUAGCUGGCCCCACGUGAAGAAGACAUUUCUUGAAAUGAACCGGAGGUCCAGGGGAUUAGAGCCUUUUAGAAACCAGAGCACAUCAGAGUUAUUUAAGAAUAAAAAGUACUUUGCUAUGAGAUGUAAUUACCUUGCCUUCCUCUAGCAUUCUGCUGGAGUUGCUGUCCGUGGAGCCAUGGGCUUCUGCGUGUUGCUUGACUCAGUACAAAGUCCAGUCCCAAAGAUCAUGUUGUCUGAGGAGCCGGGUGUGACUGUGGGUGUCGGCUGGGGCAUUAAAACCUAUCAUUUCCACCCAGAGUCUCUGCCUCCCUGAUCUUUCUGCAUGGUUGUGUCCCUAGUCUGAGACAUUAGUUUUUUUUGUUUUUGUUUUUGUUUUUUUUUUUAGGCCAUUAUGGCAGAUAUUUACAUCAUGACACACAGAUGGAUAUACAUAUUUAAUUGAAAUAAAAGUCCCACUAGAUGGUAUUGCUCUUGUGGUAUGUAGCACCUUGUGAUGUUUUCUUAGUCUAUUCUGUUGUGUUCUGUUUCAUUUAAAAAAUAAAAACACUCAUCAAGACACA